UUAACGCCUUGAUACGAAACGGGUACUUUAUGCUCAUGUGGUGACAUGGUUGCAGUAUGUACCCUGGAACAGCCUGUUGACCUGUGUACUUAGAGUGUGAGUGUGCACGUCCAUAUGGUCUCCUGACGUCUCAAGUCUGUAAUCUCAUUCUGUCAGAAGCUGUUUAACACACACAGCCAGUGGUGCUUUUCAUCACUCACACAACAUCACAACUCAAACACACACAUGCUCAGCUGUAGGACAGACUCAAAAUCCAGUCCUUACAUCAUGGAGGUGGUUGCAUGUUCCAUGGGCAGCAGCUCUAGUCUCUACAGUGUCCUGGCUAAGACUGUCAGUAGACCUCCUCUCCCUUGCCCGUGUGACUCCACAUACACUCCGGGUAACGAUCUGGAUCUGGAUCAAGACCCGGCGGACCCUUUGGAACUGUUGCGGGAAUGUAGAGAGGUUCUGAGAAACCGGCCAGCCCAACUGCAGAGAGCUUUCGUUCAGACGGGACAUGGAGACUCUGGACAGACGAUCAGAGUUAUGCAGUGGAAUGUACUAGCACAAGCAUUAGGUGAAGGCAUGGACAGUUUUGUGCAGUGCCCCAUGGAUGCUCUGAACUGGGAUGAAAGGAAGUAUUUGAUCCUGGAGGAGAUCCUAACCUACAGACCUGACAUCCUGUGCCUACAGGAAGUUGAUCACUACUUUGACAUGUUUCAGCCCAUCCUGGCAAGUUUGGGUUACCAGAGCAGUUUCUGCCCUAAACCAUGGUCUCCAUGUCUGGAUGUGGAGAACAACAACGGCCCUGAUGGCUGUGCUCUGUUCUUCAAUCACAAACGCUUCCAGUCACUAAACACAACACACCUACGACUGUCCGCCAUGAUGUUGAAGACCAAUCAGGUGGCGAUCAUCACUGCUCUACGCUGCCGAUCAACAGGUCGGGCCUUCUGUGUCGCGGUAACGCAUCUAAAAGCACGGAGCGGUUGGGAGGUCCUACGCAGCGCACAGGGUUCGGAUCUCCUGCGCAACCUGAGGAACAUUGCACAGAGAAUAGAGACCGAAGAAAAAGCAGAUGCCAACGUUCCUCUGAUAGUAUGUGGCGAUUUUAAUGCCGAGCCGUCAGAAGACGUUUAUAGGAAUUUCGCAACAUCUAGUCUGGGACUGGAGAGUGCGUAUAAGCAUUUGAGUACGGACGGGAAAACCGAGCCACCUUACACAACGUGGAAGAUCCGGCCCAGUGGCGAGAGCUGCCACACACUGGACUACGUGUGGUAUUCACACAGAGCGUUUGAUGUUAAUGCAGUUUUGGACUUUCCUACAGCCGAACAAAUUGGACCCAAUAGGCUGCCUUCCUAUAAUUACCCUUCAGAUCACCUCUCUCUCGUCUGUGACUUCAGCUUCAAGGAUCCGACGCUUGUUUCCCAGUAAUUACAGACUCAUUUCACAAGAUAUUUACCACAAGUCGAGACUUGUGCUGGCACAGCAUUUCUACAUAUUUUGAUUGUUGUUCAUGAAUAAUUAACACUUCAGCCAGUACAUCCUGAAAGGGAGUGUUCAUACAAAAAAAAAAAUUAAAAAUCAUUUACUAAACUUCAUUCCAUGUAUGAUUUCCUCUGUAAUGUGGAACAUUAAAGGAGAUUUGUUUUCAUUUGCUAAGACAAUACAGCACAAUAAAAUCAUAAAGCAAAAACUUCAUCAUAAAAGUAGUCAUUUUGUCCAUACAAUAUGAUAUCUUUGUGUGAAAUCUAUUCCAUUGUUGCUUUUUAAAAUCAAACAUGCAUUCAAAAGUGGUUAGACAUUAGUGACUGCAAAUGUUAUUGGUGAAAUGCAAUGUUUGAGAUUUAAGAGCUAUGAUGGGGGAAAGGUGUUCAAGAAAUAACUUAAAGGGUUAGUUCACCCAAAAAUGAAAAGUAACUCCUGACCCGACGAAAUGAUGAACACGGAGCGUAGAGGAUAGAGCAAAACAUAACACCGGUCACGAAUUAGAAGGAGUCUAAAACGAUCAUUUUUAAAGAGAAAUGUCAGAGGAUUUCGAUAUAAGAGAAGAGGAGCUUGAGUUUGUUGCACAGCCCUAUUUGUUUAGAUCACGAGAGGCAUCUAAGCUUACGAUACUCCUACAUCCUGUCAUAAAUUGUGUCAGUGGCUACUCUUGUGGCGCAAGUCGGCUUGUGCAGUAUGUGUAUGGUCAUCUGCCAGAACCUAGUUAUUUUAGAUUAUAAAGUUUUAAAUAUGGAUACUUUUCUUACAAAAACCCAAGCCUUUAUUACCUCCCGGAGCCACGUGGAGUACUUUUACAAUGGAUACACCUUGGAGGGCUUGAGGGUGAGUAAAUCAUGGGGUAAUUUUCAUUUUUGAGUGAACUAUCCCUUUAAAUAUCAUUGUUCCUUACACAAAGCUAUAGUAUGGCUUCAGAAGGCUUGAAAUAUCAUACUACUUUUUAUGGUGCUGUAAAUUGAUGUCCAUUUUUAUUGGACAUUAAGUGAAAUUAAGCAGGUUGGACCUUAAGUGAAAUAUCUCCUUUCGUAUUCCACAGAAAAAAAAAGAAAGAAAUACAGGUUUGGAAAUAAAUAAGGGUGAGUAAAUGGUGA